CGCUUUGAUUGCACACUCAGUAACGUACGCGUGAAGAGAGGACUGGGUAAGCACGAGUCUAGUAAGAGAACGACGACGAUAGCGCAUGCAAUGAGCAGCAGCGAAGUGGACGAGAGUUGUAAAGUUUUGCAAGGAAAUUGUGGCCCAAGCGGCAGAUGGACGAUUGCGUUGUUUCUAUCGUUAGUUGUGGGCAAUUUUGUGUUUAGCGGUUUUCUGUUGUGGAAGCUCAGUGUUCAGGAGAAAAGAUUUGAGAAAAGCGUAGAGAAGUUGCAGUUGGACUUGCAGGAACUUCAAGUAGAAAAAGAGGAAAUGAAGCAGGUUUAUGAGACGUUGUCUGAGUAUGGAGGAGAAAGAGGGAAGAGGUCGGAACAAUCUCCCAGUCAGUCGUCACAAGUUACAAUCAACAUUGCACACGUAUUUGGGUCAUUCAUCAAACAGAUGUGCAAACCAGAAUCAGCAAUUUGUAUACCAGGUCAACCAGGAAGAGACGGAUUGCCAGGUUUGUCUGGAAAAGAUGGUUUGCCAGGUAGAGAUGGUUUGCCAGGAAGGGAUGGUCCAAUUGGAUUGCCAGGACCACCAGAGCAAUUACGAACCUCCUACAGCUAAGACAACGCAAUAAUGUUAGUGGUGCUGCUCAUAUGAUUGGGGACAUUGUGACGGGUGUGAAGCCUGCAUUGGCUGAAGGAAGGCCAAUGGAACCGAUGGCUGACGACAGAAAUGGUGCAGGAAGAUAUCAGUUUUUGUCUGAAGUGCUUCGUUGGCAAGCACAAACGACUCCAGAUCACGUACUCUUUACGUUGCUGAAUGAAAAGGGCGCUGUAGCACAAACUAUGAUCAGCGUCCAGUUGAUGAAGAAAGCAGAGAGAAUUGGAGCUGCUUGCUUGGAGAGAGCAAACUUGAGCUCAUGAGACGAUGUAACUCUUCUUUAAAUUAUCCUCCAGGUAUCGAGCUUGUUGUUGCUUUCUAUGGCUGUCUUCUUGUUGCUCUCGUUCCUGUUCCCGUGCGACCUCUAUCUCCAUUGAACAUUGUAACGACAUUACCAACAGUCAAAAUGAUCGUCGAAGUCGUCAAGUCAGUUGCCAUUCUAACAAUUCAACGUAUCACCAAACUGUUAAGGACAAAAGAGGCUACUAGCACACUCGAUGUGAAGUCUCUCCCACCUAUUCUUGAGAUGGAUGAUCCACAGAAGAGGAAGCUUGACAAGUUUUAUCGUGCACCAACACCAGAGAUGAUUGCAUACUUGGAUUUCAGUGUUUCAACCACCGGUGUGCUCUCAGGAGUCAAAGACGCUUGCAGAAGGAGCAGUACGACAAGAAAGAGAAAGAGAAGGCCAAGAGAAUGCAAGUGGAUUUUGUGAGCGGAUCGGCGUUGAAACGGUCACCGAUUGCUCCGGCUGUCGAUCUCGUUUGUCUGUCUGUAAUUUGGUUGUCCGUCUGUCUGAACAUAUGCCUGAUGAUCACUACGUGGAUGGUGGACAAACAUCUCUAGACUCUAUACAAUAUAGAUUGGCUUUUGUGGUCUAUUAAACAGCCUUAGUUUGGACUGUAUAGAAAAAUUGUAUCCAAGUUAAGAUCCUCUUACAUUAGAUCUGCAAGACAAUCUCUCAUAUGUUUUUCGUAAUCUGGUGCAACAAACAUUCCACUGUUUGAGUCACGUUUACUAACUGUAACGAUGACUUCCUUUUUUCUUUCUUUCUGUCUUUUGUUUACACACUGUUAGUUGUGCACUUAUAUACCAUCUAUAAAUAUUUUUUAUUUUUAUAA